AUGAUUAAAACUAAUUUACUUCACCCUUGGUUUAUUACAGGCUUAAUUGACGCAGAAGGAAGCUUCGGAGUAGUUAUUAUUAAAGAUGACUCACGAUAUUCCGGAUUUGCUAUUUCGAUUUUCUUAGAAAUGGGCCUUAAUUUUAAAGACAAAGAUUUACUAUUGCGUAUUAAAAACACUUUCGGCGUUGGAUAUGCUGUUCAAUUAGUGUUUAAAAUCACUCAACAUAACCGAGACAAUGAAUUACUUAAAGGUAUAUCGGAAUACUUUGCUUGUGGUAGAAUAGAAAACCGUAAGACAAAUGCUUCUGACUUUACAGUUAAUUCUUUUAAGAGUUUUGAAGAGAAAAUUAUUCCAUUUUUUACAAAGUAUCCAUUACAAGGUUCAAAGCUUUUAAAUUUCCAAGACUUUAAAGAAGUCGUUGAGAUUAUGAAAGAGAAAGGACACUUAACCGAAAAAGGACUGCAAAAAAUAAACCUUAUUAAAGCUAAUAUGAAUUACGGUAGAGAAGAAAAUAAAGAAUAG